GGCCGGGCGCUCGGAGGGGGAGGGGAGCGCCGCACCCCAGGCCGCCGGCCGAGGGGGGGAGCGGAGGAGGAGCGAGGCGGGGAGCGGGCCGAGGGGAGGCGGCGCCAGCGCCCGAGCCGCCCCGGCCCUGGCUGCUCUCCCCGGAACAGGCCCCCGACAGCUGCGCCCGGGAGCCGCCUCCCGACACCCGAGCCCCGCCGGCGCCUCCCGCUCCCCGCUGCUGGCUCGCUCGCCUCCCCCUCCCGAGCCCCGCCGCCGAGGAGGCCCCAGCCGGGGUCGGACGCCUGGGUGUGCCGGGGAGAGCCAUGAGAGAGAUGGUGCCCGCACCCCCGUAGGCCUGAGGGAUCAGGAGCGAUGGGGCCAGGGGCCCUCUCAUCACUACUGCUGCUGCUCCUGGUGGCCACUGGAGAUGCCGACAUGAAGGGACAUUUUGACCCAGCCAAGUGCCGCUAUGCCCUGGGCAUGCAGGACCGGACCAUCCCGGAUGGGGACAUCACUGCCUCCAGCUCCUGGUCCGACUCCACCGCUGCUCGCCACAGCAGGCUGGAGAGCAGUGACGGGGAUGGGGCGUGGUGCCCCGCGGGUCCUGUGUUCCCCAAGGAGGAGGAGUACCUGCAGGUGGACCUGCGGCGCCUGCACCUGGUGGCACUGGUGGGCACCCAGGGCCGGCAUGCCGGGGGCCUGGGCAAGGAGUUCUCCCCCAGCUACCGGCUGCGAUACUCCCGGGAUGGUCACCACUGGAUGGACUGGAGGGACCGCUGGGGUCAGGAGGUGAUCCUAGGGAACGAGGACACCGGGGGAGUGGUGCUGAAGGACCUUGGGCCCCCCAUGGUGGCCCGGCUGGUUCGCUUCUAUCCCCGGGCUGACCGGGUCAUGAGCGUCUGUCUGCGGGUGGAGCUCUACGGCUGCCUCUGGAAGGAUGGACUCCUGUCUUACACAGCCCCCGUGGGGCAGACCAUGUUCCUGUCCGAGGCCGUGCACCUCAACGACUCCACCUACGACGGCCACACCACCCAUGCGGUUGGCGGACUGCAGUACGGGGGGCUGGGCCAGCUGGCGGACGGCGUGCUGGGGCUGGAUGACUUUAGGAAGAGCCAGGAGCUGCGGGUGUGGCCGGGCUAUGACUACGUGGGCUGGAGCAACCACAGCUUCCCCAGUGGCUACAUGGAGAUGGAGUUUGAGUUUGACAGGCUGAGGGCCUUCCAGGCCAUGCAGGUCCACUGCAACAACAUGCACACGCUCGGGGCCCGCCUGCCCGGCGGGGUGGAGUGUUGCUUCAAGCGGGGCCCCACCAUGGCCUGGGAGGGAGAGCCUGUGCGCCAUGCCCUGGGGGGCAGCCUGGGGGACCCCCGGGCCCGGGCUGUGUCCGUGCCCCUGGGCGGCCGCGUGGGCCGAUUUCUCCAGUGUCGCUUCCUCUUCGCUGGGCCGUGGCUCCUCUUCAGCGAAAUCUCCUUCAUAUCCGAUGUCGUGAAUGAUUCCUCCCUGGCUCUGGGCGGCACCUUCGCGCCAGCGCCCUGGUGGCCGCCGGGCCCGCCUCCCACCAACUUCAGCAGCCUGGAGCUGGAGCCCAGGGGCCAGCAGCCGGUGGCCAAGGCUGAGGGGAGCCCGACGGCCAUCCUCAUCGGCUGCCUGGUGGCCAUCAUCCUGCUGCUGCUGCUCAUCAUCGCCCUCAUGCUCUGGCGGCUGCACUGGCGCAGGCUCCUCAGCAAGGCGGAGCGGCGGGUGUUAGAGGAGGAGCUGACAGUUCAUCUCUCUGUCCCUGGGGACACGAUCCUCAUCAACAAUCGUCCAGGCCCUCGAGAGCCACCCCCUUACCAGGAACCCCGGCCUCGAGGGAAUCCACCCCACUCUGCGCCCAGUGUCCCCAAUGGCUCUGCGUUGCUGCUCUCCAAUCCGGCCUACCGCCUCCUUCUGGCCACUUACGCCCGUCCCCCUCGAGGCCCGGGCCCCCCCACACCCGCCUGGGCCAAACCCACCAACACCCAGGCUUGCAGUGGCGACUACAUGGAGCCCGAGAAGCCGGGGGCCCCGCUUCUGCCGCCACCUCCUCAGAACAGCGUCCCCCAUUACGCCGAGGCCGAUAUUGUCACCCUGCAGGGCGUCACGGGGGGCAAUACCUAUGCUGUGCCUGCGCUGCCCCCCGGGGCGGCUGGGGAUGGGCCCCCCAGAGUGGAUUUCCCUCGGUCGAGGCUCCGCUUCAAGGAGAAGCUUGGCGAGGGCCAGUUCGGGGAGGUGCACCUGUGUGAGGUCGAGAGCCCCCAGGACCUGAUCAGUCAGGAUUUCCCCCUCAGCGUGCGCAAGGGGCAACCCUUGCUGGUGGCUGUCAAGAUCCUACGGCCAGACGCCACCAAGAACGCCAGGAACGAUUUCCUGAAGGAGGUGAAGAUCAUGUCGAGGCUAAAGGACCCCAACAUCAUCCGGCUCCUGGGCGUGUGCGUGCAGGACGACCCUCUCUGCAUGAUCACAGACUACAUGGAGAACGGCGACCUCAACCAGUUCCUCAGCGCCCACCAGCUGGAGGACAAGGCGGCUGAGGGGACCCCCGGGGAUGGAGAGGCAGCUCAGGGGCCCACCAUCAGCUAUGCGAUGCUGCUGCACGUGGCAGCCCAGAUCGCCUCGGGCAUGCGCUAUCUGGCCACCCUCAACUUCGUGCAUCGGGACCUGGCCACAAGGAACUGUCUGGUCGGGGAGAAUUUCACCAUCAAAAUUGCCGACUUUGGCAUGAGCCGGAACCUCUAUGCGGGAGACUAUUACCGCGUGCAGGGCCGGGCGGUCCUGCCCAUCCGCUGGAUGGCCUGGGAGUGCAUCCUCAUGGGGAAGUUCACGACGGCCAGUGAUGUGUGGGCCUUUGGGGUGACGCUGUGGGAGGUGCUGAUGCUGUGCCGGGCCCAGCCCUUUGGGCAGCUCACCGACGAGCAAGUCAUCGAGAACGCGGGGGAGUUCUUCCGGGACCAGGGCCGGCAGGUGUACCUGUCCCGGCCCCCUGCCUGCCCACUGGGCCUGUACGAGCUGAUGCUUCGGUGCUGGAGCCGCGAGCCGGAGCUGCGACCUUCCUUCUCCCAGCUGCACCGGUUCCUGGCGGAAGAUGCUCUCAACACGGUGUGAGCCACGGCACUGAGAAGGGCCAGAGGCCCCCUCAGCCUCGUCCCUCCCGACCGCCCUGUGCCGAGAGAGGCAGUGGACCGCAGGCGGGCUGGGCCUGCCGGAAGCUGACACCUAUGCCUGGACCUGCUCUCAAGCCCCUCCCCUGCAGCCCUCACCCCCCACCCAGCUGGCCCUGCGGAUGGGAUCCUCUGACCUCUUCCACCCAACCCCUUGGGAAAGGAGGCGCAACUACAGGGCAGAGCACUGGACGGGGCCCACUGGAGCGCCUGGGUCCCCUGGACAACACUGGUUCCUGGAGAAAGGGCUGCCCCACCCCCAGCCUCUCUCCGUCACACACUGGACCCCACCAGCUGAGGAUCUGGGGAGCCAGGAGGACAAGAAAGGGACAAGGAUGUUCCCUUGUGCUUCCUCCUGCAUCUGCCCUCAGCGUCAGCUUCUCCCUCCAUCCUCCGAAACACUGGACAUGGGGGUGAUCCCUGCCCUGGACACCCCCACUUCCCACUUUCCAUGUUGUAGCUAGAACUCAAAGCCUGUAUGUUUCUGCGGAAUAAAUACCGGGAUUGGGGGGGAAGAGGGAGCAAAGGCCUGCGGCCCUGGGGUUGGUCAUCUCUCUAGUAGCUGCCACAUUGGUUUUUCUAUAAUCACUUGGGGUUUGUACAGUUUUUUUGGGGAAAGACACAGAUUUUUACACUAAUAUAUGGAUCUAGCUCAAUGCGAUUUUAAUCCCCUGCGCUAGGCAGGUAAUAAUAAAGGUUGAGUUUUCCACA